AUGGAAACGCCUCCCACUCCAGCCACUCGGGAGAGUUCCAGCAGCCCUGAUCUUGACGUUACUCCUCCGCCUCCUGAGCAGAGCAGCCCAUUCACAAGACCUAGCACUAUAAACACAGGCUCCGAAGUCAAGAACAAAUCACACAUGCCGUUCUCACAGGUUGCUGGUGAAUCACCCAGUCUCCGCAAGGAUCGAGGUCCUCUCCCCCAGGCCAACCUAAACGCUGUCAUUGAGGCUACUCCCGCUUAUCGAGCUCCUCAGUACCGACCCGAACCAAUCUCUAUGUAUAGGUGCAACGGCGAGCCUUGCAAUGUCAAGCCUCAACAACCUCUGUCCUUCAACUCGAACGUGGCUGGGCCAGCUACGCCAGCCAACCCUAUCCGGCAGCCCGCUGUUCCUCCUCCCGACCAUACUACUUCAACCAGAAGCCUCUUUCCUGGCGCCUUGGCUCCUUCUCCGGCCAUAUGGGAAGGUCUUAGGGGGCACUUCAACCAGCUCGGAAUCAACGGGCACCAAAGCAUGGCUUCCCCCACAACUCUCCCCCCUGCUCGAACAACCUUAGCUCCCAUCCCAGAGGCUCAGCGCCCUGUUCUCCCCGCGUGGCUCGAGGAUGCUCUGAAGAGGGAACCUUAUCUCCAGAGCCCAGAUGCUCAUCGUACCCAGAUUAGUUUAGCUGCUCGUCAGCAAUCAAAUGCCCGUGGCUUUAGGCCCAUGGCUGCUAUCACGCGCCCUCCCAGCCACACGGCCCGCGAGGAUGAAGCGCGCGAGUCUAUCUUCUCCGACAACUACAAAGGAGAACAUAACACCCGAAAUGCAAGCGCCAUGAGCCUCACCCCAGAGCAAAACUGCGCCCUCUGGUUGACCAAUCUCCCACCUAAUGUCACUCAUCAUGAACUGCUUGGACAGAUCCGCAACGUCGGACGCAUCUGGUGCUCUGUCAUCAACGAGCCUGACUGGCAGCGCCACGAAACCGCUGCUGCAAAGGUUGUAUUCUUCAAUCCCGGCCCUGCUCAACUCCUCCUUUCCAAGUCUCUUACACAGGGUCUUAAUGUCCGCGGCUACCCUGUGAGAGUCACUCACAACCGCGUCAAGUACGGCGAGCAAGCCAUAAUGGGACCUGCGUCACGUGUUCUAAUUAUCACCGGGAAAACCACCUUUGUUAACCCCAGCUGCCUCACAGAGUUCUUCGAGGAACGCUUCGUUUUCGAAGUGGAUGAGAUCACCGAGCUCAUUGUCCAGGGUGACGCGUCAAAGGGUGGCCGAUCUGUGGUUGAGUAUCGAUUCGGAAGCUUUCGAUGCCAGGCGCAAAUGGGCAAGAUGGCCUUGGAAAAGGAUCGACCACAAGGAUUUGAGAAGGUAGAGUUCGGAGAGGAUCCAUGCCAGGUUGGUGAUACCCUCUCUGCCUAUGGUGUUGCUGCGGAGCGUAUUCAGGGAAAGGGAAUGUGA